GAAGAGGAGGAGGCGCAGGACCCUGAGUGCGUGUCGGCAGCGCGCACUCCACACGAGAGAUGCGUCUUGAUGCUGUGGACCGCUCCUCGUCCCCGGACGUCCCCCGCCUUUGAAGCAUGGUGCAGAAGUCCCUCAACGGCGGGCUCUACCCCAGUCAGGCCGGCGAGAGGAGGCACAAGGUGGGCUUCGUGGGGUUGGAGCCCCCCGGGGGUCCCGAGUCUACCCGGGACGGGACGCUGCUCAUCGCGGGCGCCAAGCGGGGCGGCAGAGCCCGGAGCAGCGCCUCCGCCAAGAAGAACGCCGGUUACCGGAAACUGCAGACUUUCCUCUACAACGCGCUGGAAAGACCUAGAGGAUGGGCCUUCAUCUACCACGCUUACGUCUUCCUCCUGGUCUUCUCCUGUCUCAUUCUCUCCGUCUUCGCCACCAUUCGAGAGUUCAAGAAUAGCUCAGAGAGUGCCUUGUACAUCCUGGAACUGGUGACCAUCGUGGUGUUCGGCGUGGAGUACAUUGCCAGGAUUUGGGCGGCCGGGUGCUGCUGUCGAUACCGCGGAUGGAGAGGGCGGCUGAAAUUUGCCCGGAAGCCUUUCUGCGUCAUAGACAUGAUGGUGCUGGUGGCCUCGGUGUCGGUGCUGGCGGCCGGCUCGCAGGGCAACGUCUUCGCCACCUCGGCCAUCAGGAGCCUGAGGUUCCUGCAGAUCCUGCGGAUGCUGCGUAUGGACCGCCGCGGUGGCACCUGGAAGCUGCUGGGCUCAGUCGUCUACGCCCACAGCAAGGAGCUCAUCACGGCGUGGUACAUCGGCUUCCUGUGUCUCAUCCUGGCUUCAUUCCUGGUCUACUCUGUGGAGAAGGAGUCCAACAAAGAGUUUGAGACCUACGCUGAUGCCCUCUGGUGGGGACUGAUAACGCUUACCACCAUUGGCUAUGGAGAUAAGGUCCCCAAGACGUGGAAUGGACGCUUAUUAGCGGCCACCUUCAGUAUGAUCGGCGUGGCCUUCUUUGCACUUCCUGCUGGCAUCCUUGGUUCUGGUUUUGCCCUCAAAGUCCAAGAGCAGCACAGGCAGAAACAUUUUGAAAAGAGACGCAACCCUGCAGCGAGUCUCAUUCAAGCUGCUUGGAGGUUUUAUGCAACCAACCUGUCCCGCACAGAUCUGAUGUCUACCUGGGACUUCUAUGAGCAGACUGUGGCUGUGCCAGUCUACAGAAUAAUUCCACCUCUGAAUCAAUUGGACCUGCUGAGGAAUCUGAAGGGGAGGUCCUUCAGGAAGGACUCGCAGACCGAAAGCUCUCCCAGUCGGAAGGCGAGCCUGAAGGACAAGGUGUUCCCCAGUCCUUCCAAGACUCCUUUGGCCAAAGGGAGAGACCAGUCUCCCGUGCCAGAAGAUGGCGCCGAUGCGAGCCCAGGCAAGUUCUCCAAGAGCUGGAGCUUCACAGAGAAGAACCGAGGCGGGCCUAAGCAUUCUUUCAGAGUCAGGGGGAGCGCCUCACGUCAAAACUCUGAGGCAAUUGAAGGUUUAAUAAAGGCCAGCUUCCCAGGAGAGGACCUUGGCGACGACAAGAGUUGUCACUGCCAGUUUGUUACGCAGGAGUUGCCGCCAGGCUUGAGGGUGGCCAUACGAGCAAUAUGCGUCAUGAAGUUCUUGGUGUCCAAGAGGAGGUUCAAGGAGAGCCUGCGGCCGUACGACGUGAUGGACGUGAUCGAGCAGUACUCUGCAGGACACCUGGACAUGCUGACGCGGAUCAAGAACCUGCAGUCCAGAGUGGACCAGAUCGUGGGCAAAGGUCCGAAAUGGGAAGCGGAGGCGGCAGAGGACCAGAGCAUGAUGGGACGUCUAGUCAAAGUGGAGAAGCAGGUGGUCUGCAUGGACAGGAAGCUGGAUUUUCUGGUCCACGCGUAUAUUCAGCGCAUGGGCAUCCCUCGCUCCGAGACUGAGGCCUUUUUUAACUCCAAAGAACCGUACCCGGCCCCGCCUUACCACAGCUCGGAGGAGAAGGAGGAGCUUGUGGAAGCGAAAGUGUUCUCAGGCAUGGAUUACCAGUGCACCAAAGAGCCUUUGUCGGACGCCUCAGGGUCGGCGGGUACGCCGCCGGGCAGCCGGCCCUCCACGUCGUGGCAGCACCAGCGGCAGCACCCCGUCACCCAGCCGGCCUGGAGCAGCAGCAUGGCCAACACGCCCGAUUCCCCACCGCCGUUUCGCCUCCCGCCGCCGCCGCCCCACGACCGCACCAGUCAGGAGAGCGGCUCCCUGAGCAGGAGGCGCAGCCGCAGGCAGAGGCGGCGUCCGCAAGAGGGCGCCAACGCCGGCAGCGACACGUCCCUCUCCAUCCCGUCGGUGGACCACGAGGAGCUGGAGCGCUCCUUUAGCGGAUUCAGCAUCUCUCAGGCCAAGGAGGACUUUUUCGGCCCGUCUUUCUUUUCAGGCGGGGGAGGAGGCGGCGCUGCCGCCGCAGCAGGGGCCAAACCCGGAGCCCCAUCUCCACUCUGCGCCAAGGUGAGACCUUUCUUAGCCGAGGGCGAAUCUGACACAGACUCAGACCUCUACGCCCCCUCACCUCUGUCCUUCACCGGCGACAAAGUAUGGCCUCCGCACAAGUAGCUCCGCCCACUGUGACCCUCAAGACAAUGACGUGACAUGACGUCAUCUUCGUCGGUGAGUGUUUUUUUUUUUCAGUCACUGGUUUUUCCGUUAUGGCGCAUCUGAAGCGCCGAGAAAGGAUUAGCUCGUUUGCAACCUUUUUCCCCAAAACGACUCCUGUGAAAGUUUUUAAACAAUACUUCAAGUACUCCAACAUAUCACAGCAUCCUUUUGAGCCACGGUAGAAAUGUACUACAAUGUGCCCCCAAACACAAAAUGACGGAUUCCUACUCUGUGGAGCAGGAAGUAGCCUGCUAGCUUAAAAAAAAUUGAGAGAUAAACAAUAGAUGCUCUUUCAAUAUUUCACUUCACUUACACAUUUAAUAACCAUUUGUCUCUGUUUGAGUCAAGUCAAAAACGUUCCUCUUACUCUAGACUAAAACUUGUUUUGUUAUAUAUCAACCUCUACAAACCAGUAAGUAGCACGUUAGCAUAAAAUAAACAAACACAAAUUAAACACUGCAAUGUUUUUUAUUUUGCUAAAUUAUUUUUUUCUCUCUAUUUUAUACUGUUUGAGUCAUGAAAAUAAUUUUGCUGACUGACAAAAAAUGUUUUAAGUCUUUACGCAUGUUAACCAGGAUGUAGGCUGCUAGCUAAAGACAUACAGAGAAGCAUAAACAAAGGCGAUCCAAGAUUAUUUGUGUUUUAGUGGCGGAAUUUAUUUUCUGGCUUUGGAAGUUUGAGUCACAAUGAAAACAUUUAUUUUGUUAAGAUAGAAAAUGUUCCCUCAUGCUUGAAUAGAAAAAAGUUUUUUUUAAAAACAUGUCGUUUUAUUUAUCAACUUCUGUGAACCAGGAAGUAGCCUGCUAGCAUAAACAAAUGGACACAAAUUGGACACUUAUUUAAAUUUUAACAUUUUCUCUAUACGUUUUGCCAGUUUGAGUCACGGAAAUAAUUUCCAUUGUGUUGGAACGAGAAAAAAAAGUCCC